AUGCCAGACCAGGAUGGGAAGGAGAUUGCCCAGCACAAUGUCUAUUCCACGGCAUCCACAAUUAUCGAUACAUCAUCAACAGAAGAUUUCCAAAAGGGUAGCCGUACACCAGAAUCUCGAACCACCCAUUCCUCCUCCAGUACCCACUACUCAAUACGUUCAGAGCCCCUCCCACCUCUCGAAGUAGCUUGCACACUCAAUCCUCUCACCAACAGUGAACGACCAGGUCACACGUAUACCAAAACCAUCGCAUCACUAGCAACAUCUGGCUCCCGAAUCCCCUCCUUCGAAGUCGAUUUCGGUGUCAAUGAUCCAGAAGACCCGCGAAAUUGGCCCAUGUGGUACAAAGGUUUAACAAUCAGCGCAGUCAGUUUCUCGUCAUGGGUUGUGAUAACAUACAGCACAAGUUACACUAUUAGUAUGCCUGGAAUGAUGGAGGAGUUUCACCAGACCAAUGAAACGUUCGCUACACUUGGAAUGACAUUCUAUCUUGCUGGAUUAUCUGUGGGGAGUUUGUUUCUCGCACCGUUGAGUGAGAUUUAUGGGAGGAGACCAGUGUAUAUUGGAAGUUUGAUAUUUUUUACCCUGAUGGUCUUGCCAACUGCUUUGGCAACAUCUUUAUCUGAAGUUUUGGCUGUGAGGUUUUUCGGUGCUCUGGCUGGUGCAGCCAUGUUGUCCAAUUCCCCCGGCACAGUUGCAGAUAUCAGCACUGAGCAAUACCGAGCCCUCGCCUUCAGUAUCUGGAGCGUAGGCCCCACGGCCGGACCGAUAACAGGUCCUUUAAUCGGCGGCUUUGUAACACAAUACCUUGGCUGGAGGUGGACAAACUGGCUAAUCUUGAUAAUGGGUGGUGUGGCUUGGAUCAUGUGCACUUGUAUUAAGGAAUCUUAUGCCCCAGCACUGCUCAAGAAGAAAGCAGCAAAACUGCGAAAAGAGACCGGGGAUGAUAGGUGGUGGUGUCGCUAUGAUCAGAAACUAAGUCCAUUCGAAAUCUUGAAAGUUAAUCUCUCUCGACCCUUUGUGAUAUCGUUUACAGAGCCGAUUUGUUGGUUCUGGAAUGGUUAUAUUGCUGUAAUCUACGGGAUUCUAUACCUCUGCUUCGUAGCCUACCCCCUAAUCUACGGCAGCCACCGCGGCUGGUCCGACAGCUUCAUCGGCCUCAGUUUCAUCGGAAUAGGCAUCGGGAACUUGCUCGCCAUCAUCACCGAGCCCCUCGCCCGCCGCAUCAUCAACACGCACAAGAAAGACCCCUCAACCGGCCGUGUCGCGCCUGAAGCCUGCGUCUCCAUAAUCUGCGCCGCAUCCCUGCUGUGCCCCAUCGGCCAGCUCUGGUUCUCCUGGACAUCCCUCCCCAUCACCAUCCACUGGAUCUGGCCCAUCCUAGCCGGAAUCCCGUUCGGAGCGGGCAAUUGCCUCGUGUUUAUCUAUGCGAGUAAUUAUCUGGCGGGCUCUUAUGGCGUUUAUUCUGCGAGUGCGUUGGCGGGAAAUGCUAUGUUGAGGUUCAUGGUCGGCGGCACGUUGCCGCUGGCCGGGCCGAGUAUGUAUGAGGCGAUGAGUCCGCAGUGGGCGGGGACGUUACUGGGGCUUGUGCAGGUGGCGAUGAUUCCGAUUCCUUUUGUGUUUUAUAAGUGGGGGAAUAGGAUUCGGGCGCGGAGUCCAUUGAUUAGGCAGAUGAGGGAGGAUAUGGAGAAGAGUCAGAAGGGGGGUGCGAGCGCGAAGAGGCACGAGGAGAUGAGUGGGAAUGAGGAUGUGGAGAAAGAGGCUGCUGCGCAAACGGUGGUGGUGGUGGAGGAGGGGAAGUGA